GAACCGGCGAACGGAACGGAACCAAACGAAAAGUGCCUGAGCGAAAUCGAAGAAAACCGAAGCGAAGCGCCAGAAACUGUCGUCGCGUCGUCGCUGGUUUGGCCCGGAAAAACACUGCACAACCUUUGUACGGCUGAAAAUUGCGCGCGCGUCCGAGUGUCAACUGCUGAUCGCUCCGCUGAUUAUCUAUCGAUCUUCGCCGAUCCACCCGUACCAUAGCCAUAUAGUACGUUUCACCACAAAACGUAAUUCCCACAAUCAGAUUUCCGCCAAAAAAAAACCUAAAUCCAACAAUCAAAUUUGCCAAUAAAAGGGCGACGGCGAAAUUCGUUAUCAACGAAGCUGUGUGUGUUUCAGCUGUGAUUUCUGCGUUGUUUGUUGCUGAUUUUCCCCAAUUUUCCCGAUUUGAGAGGAGAGCGCCACAAAGUUCCACAAAGAAGAGAGAAAUCGAGGCAUUUCCAUUGUGCGCGGCGACAAAAGCAAAUUGGCGCGCAAUUUCAUUCUACUGUACUAUACACUCCCCGCGAUUCACAAUUCCCAAUUCUCAAUCUCAAUCUUAAUUCCGAAUGCAAAUUGCACUCGCCGCACACAAAUUGAACCUUUGACAGGCGGCAGGGGUCCAGACAGAGGCAGCAGCAGAGACAACGUGUCGUAUGCGUAAUCUGUGGAGCCGCCUGCAAGGAGAAGGAGGAGGUACUCUAUGAGAAGGGGAGGAGGUUAAAAAGUGUGUGAAAAAACGUACGAAAUAUUCCGCGUGGAAAUCGAAAUUGAAAUGAAAGGCGCGCGCCGUCUCCAAUAAAUUAUGCGUUUGCUUAAGAGAAUUCUUCUCAUGGUGAAGCUCUGAGCGGAGUGGAGUGCCCAGUGCGUGUCCGUGUCCGUGUCCAUGUCCCCCUCUUAUGCCACACUCUCUUGUGCCAAAGAGAAGAGACACUGAAACAGAAGCCAAUUGAAAAUGCGAUUCAUAUCGACACCAACAAAAGCAACAACUAAACCUACAACUACGAGUACACCAGCAAUUACAACAAUCUCAGCAGCAGCAGCAGAAGCAACAAUUGCGCUGGGCUACAACACCUGCCCUGCCUCCCCCGCCACCCAACAACCCACAGCCGCACUUCAAACCCCAACCCUCACCGCAACCCAGAAGUGAUCCACAGGCGAGAGGCGAAGGCAGCAACAACAUGUCAAGCAUAAUUAAUUUCCGAUUCUGUUGUUGUUACGAGCACUGCCGCCGAUUCCUGGCCCUAGCCGCCACCGCCCCUCCGUCUGGGUCUGGAAGCGCCCCCGAUCUGGAAGUGUAAUUACGGUCAUAAUUCACCGGAGCAAGUGCAACCACAACAGCAACAGCAAAAGCAACAAACGGAUAGAGCAACAACGGAUUCGCAGGAAUCGCCGCGGGGAAACAACAACCACACCCCUCAAGGAAGACCAUUGGAGAGUGGAAACCUAAUAGAGAUUUCUGAAGAACUCGAUCGAAUUGUGAAAAUGUGUUGCAAAUCAAGCGGCAAGUGGAAACCUUGUGGCCCGUCUCCAUCUCCAUCUCCCAAUAGACAGCAGCAGCAGCUGCCGCCAGAAUCAGCAUCCAAAUUGAGUCGGCAAACACAUUGGAGAACAUUCCGCGUUCCUAUUCUAGUACUGAUCCUGCUCUCGAUGCUCCUCCAACUGCAGACGGCUGCCGCCGGAGUCGGGGAUAGUCUCCAUGGCGAUCUUCUGUCCUGCUCGGUCGAGGGAGAGGAGGUUCUGACGGGUAUCCAGAAUUCCAAGUGCUUUAAGUGCAUCUGCCAGAACGGCUUUGUGAACUGCGCCAAGAGCUGUCCGGCCAUCGACGAUUGCUACUUGCUGGAGUCCAAGCUGGAGUCGAGCGACCCUUGUUGUCGCAAGUGUAAAGGUUGCAUCUUUCGAGGGCUGCCUUAUGAGAGUGGCGCCGAGUGGAGCGACCCGGAGGAUCCCUGCAAAACGUACAAGUGCAUCGCCAGUGUUGUCACCGAGACAAUACAGAAGUGUUAUUCACAGUGCGACGACAACCAGCUACAGGCACCGCGCCCUGGCGAGUGCUGUCCUUCCUGUCAGGGUUGCAAGAUCAACGGACAGACGGUGGCCGAGGGCCAAGAGGUCGUCGCCUCGAUCGACGACCGCUGCUUGGUCUGCCAUUGCGGCGACAACCAGUUGACCUGCGCCAAAAAGACCUGCCCCAUUCUGCAGUGCCCCAAGACGAAGCAGAAGCAGCACCCGAACGAGUGCUGCCCCCGCUGCACGGAGCAGCGGGUCUUCAUACCAGUGACAGGAAAGUGCAUCUUUAACAACAAACUCCACUAUGACAAAACGCAGUUCAUGCCGGACCGAUGCACCAACUGCACCUGUCUGAACGGCACAUCCAUCUGCCAGCGGGCCACGUGCCCCAUCCUGGAGUGCGCGCCAGAGUUCCAGGAGGACGACGGCUGCUGUCCCCGCUGUGCGGUGGCCGAGGUGCGGAGCGAGUGCAGCCUGGAGGGGAUCAUCUACAAGAACAACGAGACGUGGAACAUGGGCCCCUGCCGGAGCUGUCGCUGCAACGGAGGCACGAUCCGCUGCUCGGAGAUGCGCUGUCCGGAGGUCAAAUGCCGGGCCAACGAGGAGCUAAAGCUGCCGCCGGGCGAGUGCUGCCCCAAGUGCGUGGAGACUGCGGGCACCUGCACCGUGUUCGGGGACCCGCACUUCAAGACCUUCGACGGAAAGUUUUUCAGCUUCCAGGGCAGCUGUAAGUACCAGCUGGCUGCUGACUGCCACGGGCACAGCUUCCACAUCCGGCUGACGAACGACGGGCGUGGCACGAAGCGCUCCAGCUGGGCCAAGACAGUGACCCUCAAGCUGCACAACCUGCGCAUCAAUCUCGGCCAGAAGCUGCGCGUCAAGGUGAACGGGACGCGGGUAAUGCUACCCUACGCGGGCCGAGCCGGCGACCAGAACGUGACCAUCGGUCGGCUGGCCGAGGACGGGGCUGUCCUGCUGCGCUCAGAGAUGGGCCUUGCCAUAGAGUGGGACGGAAGCGGUUUCCUCCAGGUCUCGGUGCCUGCCCACUUCAAGCACCGGAUGUGCGGCCUGUGCGGCAACUUUAAUGGCAGCGGGCGCGACGAUCUCACAGGACGCGACGGGCGCCCGCACGGCGACGACGAGGUCUGGCACUUUGCCAACUCCUGGAAGGUGGGGGGCCCCAAGUCCUGCUCCCGCCAGCGCGAGAACAUCGCCGCCCUGCCCACGUGCAACAAGCGCCGGUCGAGCUUCUACUGCCAGCCGCUGCGCAUCUCGGAAGUAUUCGGACACUGUGAUAGUAGGCUUAAUCCCAUCAACUACAUCGAUUCCUGCCGCAUGGACGUCUGCGAGUGCCCGUCGGGCAGCUGCCACUGCGACAGUUUCGCGGCCUACGCUCACGAGUGCCACCGCCUCGGUGUCCAGCUGCCUGAUUGGCGGAGCUCCACCAACUGUCCCGCCGGCUGGAGACGGAAUGCCACACUCGCGAACUUCCUGGACAACGAGUACUACGGGGAUAGCUUGAGGCGCUUUCCCGGUCCAGGCUCUCUCAAGGGGCGGCGCCGAAAGCAACAGCAGCAGCACCUGCAGCAUCUGCAGCAGAGGAGCAGGCAGAAUCAGAAUCAGCAGAAACAACAUCAGCUCCAGAAGCAGAAUCAGAAUCAGCUCCUGGACAAUGAGUUCAUCAAGAAGCAUGUCCCCAGCAGCCUGUUGCAGCAGCGUGCGCCGGAUCGUACGCCACCGCCACUCCACUGAUUUGUGGACUGAGAAAGAGAAAACCCCCCUCUGCCAUAAGUUACUACACGUACACACCCACGUACACUCUCCCACACUCGCACGCAUAUUCUCUCAAAGCGAGUUCAGCUUUUCGUAGCAUACUUUUGGCGGAAGCCGAAAAGAGUUUAGAGAGAGAGAGAGAGUAGUUGAAUCCGCUCCCAUGACAGACAGACACGACAGACGCGACAGACAGGCAGCAGUAUUACGCUGAAGCAUUACGUACAGUACUUUGGAACAGGCAGAUAGAGACAUAUUUAUAUAUAUAUAUAUA